AUGUACAGAUACUCGUUAGAGUUUAAGGAUAAGUUGAUGGAAUCUAAGUAUUAGAAGACAAAAAAACAACAAUUUUUAAAAGUUUAAAAAGUUCAAUAGAUUCUGGCUAUUGUGUUACUUUUAAUUUUUAUAAUUGUAAGUGCCUUAAGGCGUACAUGGAUUACAUUAACUGUAGGGUGUUUCCUCAUGGUCAUCCUGCUGGUAUCUAUAAGAAUGGAUAUGAAUAGAAAUUAAAAGUCAUACUAUUUAAACACAAUACUAGUAAGUGUGACCUUCCUCAAUUAUCUCAAAGCAUUAUAAAAUAUUUACACUGAUAAUGCCAUAAAUCCCAAUUACUUAGACGGUUAUAUGUUUGCACUCAUGACGAUAUCAUGUAAAUGA